AUGGCGAGCUCGAGCUCGAGCGACGACAUCGAAGCGCUCCCAAAGCCGAGACUGAGCGUCGACGCGCGGAAGCGGGAGAGUAAAGAGGAUGAAAACGAUGGGAACAAGACGGAGGUUAAGGUGGGGGCGAGCGAGGUGACGGAGGAGACGCGAGAGAAAAUGGAGGCGGCGACGACGGGCGCGUCUUCGUCCACGCGCGUGGACUUGGUCGCCUCGGCGCACUUGGGAGGGAAGUCCAAGGUUUUAUUCGAGAUCGAGGGGAACGGCGAGGCCGUCGAUCUUGAUGGUGAUACUGGCGCCGUCGGUCGUUGGCUCGCCGAGAGCGCGCGGUCGCUCAAGGUUGAUAUGAAGGGUUUGAUGUACAACGCGCGCGUGGUUCCGCUCGCGGGCACCGUCGUCGUCGUCGCCGUGAACGGCGACGUCGCUAAGAUCGACAGCGUCCACCGCGAGUUCGUGCAGCUUCGAGAAGAUCCAGUGGCGAACGCAGGGACUGAAAAUUACGGCGUCGGUUCACUGUUCGAGAUGACCGACGAAGCCCACGCGGACGGCGACCGAGCCGAAAAAACAGUCACCGGAAAGAAACGCGCGCGCGCCGCCGACGGUCCCAAGCGCGCCACCGCCAAGCGUAAGCCCGCGUCGGCGCGAUCAAAAUCAACCAAAUCCAAACCCCGCGCGCGCGCGAAGAAAUGA